AGGAUUCAAAUGUGACAAUGAAUUCAAAACUUCAAAUACCAUCGAUUGCUAUUUGGCAAGAUCGUGAUAUACGAUUCGAUGUAAAUCCACGAUUGCUACAUUUGAUUGCCGGUGAAAAUCUCGUAGAUCGUAUUGAUGACGUUGAAGAUACCAAAGGAAAUUGUGGUGAUAAGGGUGUCCUUCGGAUAACAAAUUUAAGACUUACAUGGCAUGCAAUUGCUAUACCACGUAUUAAUUUAAGCCUCGGCUACAAUACGAUCAGUGGAGUGACCACAAAAAUGACAAAGUCAAGACUUCGUGGACAAGCUGAAUCGCUUUAUUUGUUAGCUCAUCAUGCAAACGCUCGAUAUGAAUUCAUUUUUACAUGCAUCAAUCCAUCUCAGACAAAACUCUUUACGACAGUAAUAGCUAUUCAUCGAGCAUAUGAAACAUCAAAACUUUAUCGUGAGAUAAAAAUGCGUGGUGCACUCGUUAAUGAUGAACAACAUCUUCGAAUUCUACCUGAAGAACAACAAUGUGACCGUUAUGAUGGUGUAUGGAAUUUAGGUAAUGACCAGGGAACUCUUGGUGUUAUGAUACUUACAAAUAUUCGUAUCGUUUGGUUUGCAACAACAAACAUAAGGUACAAUGUGAGUAUACCAUAUUUGCAACUUCAAAAUUGUCGCAUACGUCAUUCACGUUUUGGUCUUGCUUUGGUUAUUGAAACUUCAGCAGUUAAUAGGGAAUAUGUCCUUGGUUUUCGCAUUGAUCCGGAAGAACGACUUAAAAAUGCUCACAGAACAAUAUGUGCGCUUCAAAGUGCUUACAUAACAAAACCAAUUUUUGGCGUGCAAUAUAUUCGAGAAAAACCGGGUACUCCUCAGGCGGUAGGAGAUAUAAUGAAGCUAGUAGACGAAGAUGUAGAGCUUGAUGAUCGACCCCUACGAUCCGAUGCAUAUGCUGUUUAUUUCUCGGAUGGUGUUGUUAGUGGACAAGUUCGGCCACCAGUUUACUCACCAGAACUUGGAGUAGCUAUCGAACAACUCAAGCCUGGAUUUACUCUUACUGAUUUGUGGAAUAUUCAUGUAGAAUAAACUCUUCUU